AUGAAGAAACUAACUGAUAAAUUCUGUUGUUGGCAUAUAAUGAAGAAACUAACUGAUAAAGUUUCUAUUGAGUUACGUAAUAAUGAUGAGUUUUUAAGAAGAAUUAAUAGACUUGUAUAUAAUAGGGAUAAUGAGCCCCAUGAAUUUGAAGAUCAGUGGUUAAAAAUGAUGUCGGAUUAUGAGCAUGCUAAUUUAAGAAAUAAUAAAUGGUUGAAUAGUAUGUAUGAUAUUAGAGAAAUGUGGGUCCCCGCAUAUUUUAGAGAUAUUUAUAUGGGUGGUUUGUUUAGUCCAACACCUAGGUCGGAAAGUGAGAAGAAUUUUUUCAAUUACUUUGUGAACAAAUUUCUUACAUUAGUUGAACUCCAAAUGAGGUUUCAAAGUGCGAUGGGUGUUCAACGUUAUAUGAUGCAGACACUAGAUAGUAAAUGCAAGUUAUAUUCUGCAGCUUUGAAGACUCGUAUCGCUCUUGUAAAACAUGCUUCUAGUGUCUACACAGAUGUUGUUUUUAAGGAUUUUCAAGAACAAAUUCUUAGUGCACGCGAUGAGUGUGGUUUUGAAAAGAAUUUCGUUAGAGAUGGCAAGGAUGUGUAUCGUGUGGUACAUUUCAACACUGGGACAAUUUUUGAAGUUGUGUAUGAUGCACAAACAUUGUAUGUUGAUUGCUCUUGUAAGUUAUUCAAAAGAGUAGGAGUCUUAUGUAAGCAUGCAUUAUGGGUUUUGCAUGCAAAAGGCAUUAAAUAUCUGCCAGAACCUUAUAUAUUGAAAAGCUAG